CAUCGCUCAAAAACACGCGCGAUUGUUUUGAUUGCCGGUUUAUCGCAGUUUUUCGCGGUUUUUCGUAGUUUUCCUCAGUUUUUCAGGAUGCCGCAAGAUACGAAACGUAUCAAUGGACCCGAAAUAUCCACCUCGUACCAUAUUCACGAAGAAAACAAUCGCCAACCGUUCGAGGAGCGACUAAACCAAGCAAUCGGCGGAAAAAAUAAGAGAAAAGACGGUAGAAAUUUCUCAGAAAGCCGCAAAUAUUUUCUGAAAGUCGGUGUAGUGUCCACGGCCAAAGGAUCGGCAUACAUCGAGUUGGGGAACACCAAAGCGAUCGUGUCGGUGUUCGAUCCUCGAGAAAUUCCAAAGCAAAGCAAAUAUUGUGCUUUGGGUGAACUGUACUGCGAUUUCAAGUUUUCGCCAUUUGCGUCGCACCUGCGGAAAACACCGCAGUCGGAUACGCGAGGCCGCAGUUUGGCGGCAGCGUUAGCCAGCGCACUGAACCCGGCCGUGUGUCGGCACUUGUUUCCGAAUCUGCAGCUCGAUGUGUUUGCCAAUGUGCUGGAGGACGAUGGAUCAGUUCUGGCCGCGGUGAUUACCGCGGCUGGGUUAGCUCUGGCCGAUGCCUGUAUCCCUAUGUUCGACAUAGUUACUGCAACGACAGCCGGAAUUCUCGGAGAUCGCAUCCUGGUGGAUCCCACGGCGGAGGAAGAGAGCCUGUGCAUGGAGGGCUUCACCAGGGAUAAUCAUGGCAUAGUAAUGCUAGCGAAGCUGCCAACGUUGGACCAAGUGCCGGAGAUACGGCAUUCCGGAAGCGUCUCCGUAGAAACGCUCUGGCGAGCAUGCACCCGAUUGAAUGCGGCUUGUACCGAGCAGGUGCCCAUCGUACAGCACGUAUUGGUUAGCAAGGUCAAGUCUCGGCUGGCCGAAAUCGAUGUAGAGAGCGACGACGAAGGCGAAGGGGACGGCGAAGCGCCAGACGUUAAGAGCGAAAAACCAGAUGAGGACACAUCCGAAGAUCGGUGA